GAAGAGGCGCAAGGUGAACCACGGUAGGUGAAGCCGUGAUCUUGGGUCCAGUUUGGUCGUGGUGAUUCACCUUUGGGAAGGCUCCGCGACAGCCAGCUUAUGGUGUGUCCUGCUGGUUGUGUGUGGCGGCCCGUGGGCUUGAUCCCGUGUUCUAUGCUGUGAAAUCUAUCGUUUCCCUGGCUGACAGUCUCGACUCUUCUUGCAGCUUGUGUUUACUGUCGCCGUUCGGUAAGCACACGGCCUGCCCGACGCCCUCCCCCGAGGAUCCAUUGGUUUCACAGCGCCGCGUAUAUGCACCUUUGUAGGGCCUUGACCUUGUCACGCCUCUUGCUCCCUGUAUUAGCAUUGUUCUGCAAGACAUGGCGCUCGUGCUGGAUCCGGUCUCAAUGUCCAGGUUACUGACAACAUGUGCAUGGUGGCAUGCAGCAUAUGACGUGCGAUCUAGAGAGACCUUGCACGAGAUGCAUCAAGCGCAACAUCGGCCAUCUUUGUCACGAUGAGCCGCGUGAUCCCGACACGAAGAAGCCGAAGCCCGUUCGCUCCACUUCGUCAGCUGGACACGAGGAAUCAGACAAACAACCAGAUAUGGCUCAGAACACAGUCGACCAGGCGUCCCGCUCCAUGGCACCACCAACGUUCGACUCUAGUGGCGCUGCACAGAAGGAAACCUUUGGGUCGGGCUCUAUCGGACAGUCUGCAAAUCCUCUCACGCUUGUAGCACAGUCGCCCGUUUCCGCGUUACCAGCCACUACAUCCAGCCGAAACCUCGAUCAGUUCGCCGGAUUCUCAGACACCUGGCUCAGUGGACGGGGUCAAUUUCACGACAUGCACAACUACAACACGCAGUACUUGCUCACCCCAGAGGUGCAUAGCGAGUUCAAUCUGCUCAAUGACUUUCUAAACACUAGCUUGCUGGACGACAACGCCAUGCUUGACGAACACGGUGGCCUCUACCGCCCAAAUCAAUCUGGCCAAGCAGACAUAGCCAGUUUCCUGACCGGAGGUAUGGGGAACGGCCUCCUGCCGCCAAGCACCAUGCAAUCCGGCGCCAUGGGGCCUCCAAAUGCCGAGCACGGAGCCACCAUCUCGCGCCCGGGAAGCACGUUGCCACCAGACAAGACGAGAGAGUUCUACUUGCAGGCCGCUGAUCCUUCUGGCAAUGACACUCCGGAGGAGCGCAUGCAGCGCGUCCUGAAAGCAAAGUACGAUGCGGGCAUGUUGAAGCCCUUCAGCUACAUCAAGGGAUACGCACGAUUGGGCAAGUAUAUGGAUGGCCAUAUAGCUCCGAGCUCGAAACAAAAGAUUCUGCGCCAGCUAGAUCGCUUCCGGCCCAAGUUCCGUGAAAAGGCCCAGGGCCUCACGGACAUGGAGUUGAUCUAUGUCGAAAUGUGGUUCGAAAAGACGCUGAUGGAAUACGACCGCGUGUUCGCUGCCAUGGCGGUCCCCGCGUGCUGCUGGCGCAGGACGGGCGAGAUUGUGCGAGGAAACAGGGAGAUGGCGGAGCUGAUACAUGUUCCGACAGAGAGUCUUCGAGACGCCAAGCUCUCGCUGCACGAGAUCCUGACUGAAGACUCCCUGGUUCGUUACUGGGAGGAGUUUGGGACAAUCGCCUUCGAUCCUGCGCACGAUACUUUGCUCACGGCUUGCGCGCUCAAGAGCCCAGACGAUGACUCGAAAGAUCCGAUUGUCAAUUGCUGUUUCUCCUUUAUGAUUCGCAGAGAUGAGCACAAGAUACCCAGUCUGAUUGUCGGCAACUUUCUUCCCCACGAUCCAGCGCAUUAAAAGUACAUAAUUCAUUCUGGCCGCUCGACUACAUAUUGAUGGGCCCAAUACAUCAUUUGUUACUUGCCUCAGGGCGUCGUGUCAUGGAUAGCGACAGAUCAUAAAAGCAUAUUACCUGUUUCACGAAAGCCAUGAUGGGAGGGAGAAUAAAACCACAUUUCAGAAUAGAAGACCCCGCGAUGCCCUGA